AUGACGUCAUACGUAUUCGUCCAAACCUCAGCGUUUCCGUCCCGAGGGGCGCGCCAGCGGGUGGACAAGGGCUUCAAGUACUCAUAUUCACGGCUAAGGGCGCCUGUCCCUGUGAGGAAGGUGCUCCUCCUCCCCCUCACCCCCCGCCGCCCUUCUAUCAUAGAAGAACCCAAGCGACCAUUCAUACCACAUUCACACCAGCCGCCUUUCCCUAUCCCUCCACUACUCCCUCCACCUCCUCCCCAUCUCCGCGAACCACUUCCUAUAAAAGCCCCACCUCCACCAGCCCCAAUUCGGGAACCACCUGCUCCCAAACCAGAGCCCCCUCCACGUGUUAUUAAAAGCCCGCCCCCCCCUUCACCUGUGAAGCCGGUCACACCGAUUCCACCCAAAGUCCUGGUGUCAGUAGGCUGCCAAACUGAGUAUGACCCAAUCUUCCCUACAAUGCAGAUUAUGGCCCAGGGGAAGGGUGGUGUUCCUGGUGGUCCUCCGACGCAGGUCAACAAGCUGGACAACAUGCUGGGCAGCCUGCAGUCGGACCUCAACAAACUGGGCGUGCAGACGGUGGCUAAAGGGGUCUGCGGAGCCUGCUGCAAGCCAAUCGUGGGACAGGUGGUGACCGCCAUGGGGCGCACAUGGCACCCUGAACACUUUGUGUGCACUCACUGUCAAGAGGAGAUCGGCUCCAGGAACUUCUUUGAGCGUGAAGGAUUGCCGUACUGCGAGACGGAUUACCACAACCUGUUCUCCCCACGCUGCCACUACUGCAACGGGCCAAUCCUGGAUAAAGUUGUGACGGCGCUGGAUAGGACAUGGCAUCCCGAACACUUCUUCUGCGCUCAGUGUGGAUCCUUCUUUGGCCCAGAAGGCUUUCAUGAAAAGGACGGGAAAGCCUUUUGCAGGAAGGACUACUUUGACAUGUUUGCACCAAAAUGUGGCGGCUGUGCCAGAGCCAUUUUGGAGAACUACAUCUCAGCGCUGAACAGCCUUUGGCAUCCUGAGUGUUUUGUUUGCAGGGAGUGCUUCACCCCGUUUGUGAACGGCAGUUUCUUCGAGCAUGACGGCCAGCCGUACUGUGAAGUGCACUACCACGAGCGGCGCGGCUCGCUCUGCUCCGGCUGCCAGAAGCCCAUCACGGGGCGCUGCAUCACCGCCAUGGCUAAGAAGUUCCACCCGGAGCACUUUGUCUGCGCCUUCUGCCUGAAGCAGCUCAACAAAGGCACCUUCAAAGAACAGAACGACAAACCCUACUGCCACGGCUGCUUUGUCAAGCUGUUCAGUUAGAGAGAGAGAGAGAGGGAGGGAGAGAGAGAGAGAGAGAGAGAGAGGGAGGGAGGGAGAGUGCGUUUAUGGCUCAGGGCUGAGGUCAGCGUCUAGAGCAUCUUAUCUUUAGCACAGGGCGGGGUUAAUUGUGUUUAUAUCAAAGAGGGUGGUCUGUGAUCUGAGGGUGACAUUGGAAGUCUGUAUGGACUAGGAAUGUGCAUGUGGUUGAAGCAGCAGACUCUCUCUGCCAGACUUAAAUACUUUCAAGACGUCCCUGUUUUCAGACUGACAGCGAUGCGGCUUCAAAGCUCUUCUAGGUUUGGAGUUGGUCAGGAAGUAUGAAAAAGAUACACUAAGGUGACAUUACAUUUUUGAUAAAUCAACACUGAGAUGCACACAACAAGAUUUUCUUCUUAAUCCUCUGAAAUGUGUUGGAUCACUUCAACAAGGAAAUAGCUGCAUGUGAAUCCUUUUAGUUUGUAUGUGGUUAGAUGGUGCAACUGAGCCCUGUGGAGAUGCUCUGCAUGUGGGACCUUGUUGCUCACUGGUUGAGCGUGUCAUUUUAGAAACAGCAGAGGUAUAUCAAUUGAGAAAAACCGCAGCUGUUUAUUAACAUAACAAUUAAACUACAAAGGAGGGUAGAAGGCUUUCCCCCCCAUCGUGUUGUGACAGAGCAGGAGGAUAAAUCCUUGAGUCCAUAUACUGGAAAUGCUUCUUCAGCCUUUACAAUAAUGUUGUAUGCGUGAAAUGGAUUCUAGGGUUUAUACCAUUUUACAGACUCAAGAAACACGUGUAUACAUUUUCUUCACAUGGAUACCAGAGCUGCAACAGUAAGAGUUUUCACUAUUUUCUUAAACUUUAUAGACUGAAGAUUAAUCAUUAUUACAUUAAUCUGAAGACUCAUCCAUAUAAAAUAAUCAUUAUUUUACAAAGUUUGAACUUUAUAAAUACUUUGAAUACAGUUUUUUAAUUCAGAGUGUCCAAUACACCCUUUAUUCAAAGAUAAUCAUGUCUGGUUGAAUAUUGUUUUGAUAUCAUCAAUUAUGAAACUCAGAAUGUACCAUCCCCCAGUAGCUGCAGUAUUCCCUGAGUUACGUAUGUUUGAGCCAACCUCUCGUUUUUGUGCUGCCAAAUCAUUCCUUGUAUUUUCACAGAAGAAAAGAGAAAAUAAUCUGAAAACAGAUUCUUGCCUUUGUCUCUUUGCAGUGAAGUGGAAUCACACAAAGGUAUCGGGAGUGUACGGUGCAUCUAUAACACUCACGUUAUUCUUUCUUGGUACAUCCUGAGGAGUUCUUGUGUAAAUAUCAAAUGCAGCUACAUUUUGCAGUACUGGCAUGCUUAGCAUGUGUUAACCACUCAUUCAGAGGGAGAGGGCUGAAGGCAGAGAUACUUUGAUAUUGUUGGUGUCAUUACUGUAUUGAGAAGCUGAUGAAUGUUCACUUUGAAGAAGUGCAAAAUACGAGAGGAUUUGUCUGUGAUAUUCCAAUGACUAUGAAUCAGCUUGUAACGUCUGAUUAUAUCUGUCUGUGCCAUUGUUUCAGUACCAUGUCUAAUAACACUGGCCAUUUCAGCAAGUACACUAAUUACAGUUCAGUAGUCCACAGUUGUGUUUUCAUGUUAUUAGUCUGUGAGUCCACUGAAAAAUGUCGGCUGUAAAGUGGUGGUUUGUUGAUGACUCAGCAUCUGAGUCGCAUCUACUGUAUACAUGUAAUCAGAUACAGAAACAUAUAUUGUGCCUUUUGUCUUGUUCAGGGAAUACUAGAGCCUUAAAUAUGUUCUCACUCUAUUUAAGAUAUCAUGUAACAGUUGUCUUUUCAAAUCAAUUUAGUAGAGUGUGAUUUAACCAAUGCCAUACCAUCUUUGAAUUGUUUUUUGUGUCACUUUUUUCCCCUUUUCUCUCCGAAUGUCAAUAGUAAUGGACAAAAUGUUUCUUCACUUCUAGUCUGAUUACGCAAAUAAAUUCUGUUUUGCUAUCA